CAAGCCAGAAAAUAUUGUCGGUUCUGUGUGGACCGUCGUGUAGGUACUAAUGUUGUACGAACCUAUUUCACCAUGAACUGCGUGCAGUUCUGUAGGAUUGAAUGAAAAGCAUAUACAUGAGUGGUGAUACAGAGCAAAACAAUAAAUUAUUAUUGCGAUAAACUGAUUUUUUCUCUGGGAUUUGCUCAUAAACACGCACAGUAAUUAUACCAUUAAUGAGUUAUUCUUGGAGUGAAGUUAUUUAACUUUUUGUAAAAUACACGCCGGAAGGUAUUGAUUUCUACUUGGACCUUAAGUGAAGUAAGUGGCUGUUUAUACAAUACUGAACAUAUACGUCGCUAUAUAAAUUCUGCCGUGUGCAUGCAGAAGACCUUAAAACGAGUCCUUCAAUAUAAGUUGGAUAUUUUAUACUUGCCAAACAUAAAGUGAUACUUUUGAAACACAGUAUAUUAAAACGUUUGGGCUGGUUUUGAAGUUUGUUUACAUACACACUUGUGGAUAACUGUUUGUAUGCGAAAUGAGCGAAACAGAGAAAAUGGCUCCGACGGCCUCCAUGGAAACCGUGAUCAUCAUAAGACCGUAUAAGGUCGGCGCUGCCGUCCUCGGGUUCCUCGGCUGUCUCCUCUGCGUGCUGUUUAUCGGCGCCUCCGACUGGGUCCACGGGGAGGGGCGCACCCUUGGGCUUUGGGCGGAAUGCGUGGCGGCAGGUCCCGGAAGGGUCGACUGCGGCACCGUCGAGGCCCCCGUGUGGCUAAUGGCGAUGCGCGGUCUCGUGGUGAUCGGGCUAGUCAUGGCGUUCGUGGCCAGCUUUGUCGUCUGCAUUGGCCUGAACGCGGGAAAAAUGAGCACGCGCUAUCGGUGCUACUUCGUCGGCAUGCUGGUGUAUUUUCUCGCAGCGAUGUUCGACAUCACGGCGCUCGUCAUCUUCCCCGUGAAGUACUCAGAGCAACUUGGCGCCAAGGCGGGCAACUCCUGGUCGCUCGGUUGGACGUACGGCGUGGGAUGGGCGAUUGUCGCUCUUCUGGUCACGUGCUCGCUGCUCCUGUGCUUAGACAAGGAUACGGACGAGAUCUCUUUCCGGGAGAGAGUUGACUACGAGAACGGGAUUGAGGAUGACGACGAGGUGGUGAUAUGAGUGUGCAGUUUGAUCUAGCUGUAGCAAUAUCGAUACUAGAGUGCCAAUUAAUUAUUACCGGACGUAUUUUACAUGUUUAUUGGAAAAAGUCUCUUUCAAAUAUAUGAACAUGCGUUACGUUUCGUCCCGGAUCAUACGCUUAUCCAUCAAGUUUAUUUCCGACUAUUGUAAAUGUAUGUUUGAAGAGGCGGCCUUUAACAGAAAACAACCCAUCAAUGCAUUGAUUUCAUGUGAUGAAAUAUGUUAAAGCUCUCCACGUAAUGGGAGGCAUUAAAAAUUGCACUUUUCCGUCCGUUCAAACGUACGUAUGUACAAACGUAGUUAAGCUGUUGUUAAGAGCUCAUUUUAAACUGCUUGGUCGAGUCAGUAUUGAUGAUAUAACAGGGAACCAGAUUUAACCAAAAUUAUGGUCCCUUUUAUGUUGUUGUUAUCCACUAUAUAAUAUAAAAGCCCAUUUAUUGUGAACUAAAAUCUUCUUUCGCUACUUGCCAUAUUUCACUUAAAUAUUUCCCACCAAUAGGCAAAGUGAAAAUGGCCAUGUGCAAACAGCAUAAAACCAGAAAAGCCUGCGAGUAACUCGCACACUGUUAAGGUUUUAUGCUGUUCGCUGCUUAUCAUUAUUUAAGGUUUAGUAAUGAAGCCUUUAAAACUGGAAUUUAGUUAGAAAGGUCUUUAAUUAAAUUUAACUUUCUAAGGGAAAACAAACACGCGGAAAUACGCAUCUAAGUGGUAAAGGGCCAAACUUUUACAGCUGAGUGGUUUUCAUGCGUAGAUGAUCACGAAGACAAGUAGUGCUUCGAUCAAUUAUAGCUAAAUGUUUGUCAUUUGUUCUUUGUCUUUUUGUCCUGAAUAUAAUCAGCCUAUAGUGGGCUUGUCUGUUUCCAAACAUGUGUCGUAGAGGCAUCAUAUCAACCAUACUUCGCCUCGAUUUAUGAGUGCCUUCAGUGCCUACAAACAAUCGUUUGGAUGUACGUUUAUUCAAAUUAUGGUAUGACCUAAGUUAAUAUACAAUAGAGCGACUAUUUCAACCUGAGAUACUUGAUGUAUUUUUAUUUGCCUAGUUUAUUUUUUUUACAAAAUCAACAAAUAACUUACUAUAAUGCAUAUGAAAGAGUUUCAAAUGCGUUUGGCUGAAAUGUUCAAAUUUCAAUUAAUAUGGACACAACGGCUUUUCGCUCGCCUUAGAUUAUGCAUACUGAGAUUGAAAAAAGUAU